UUGAACGACAAUCUGGAGGAAAAAAUUUGGCUGAAUUGUUGCGUAGUUUCAUCAAUCGAAGGUUGAUGCCAAUGCAAAAAAUGGCAAAAGAUUCAGCAUUCUUGAUUGGGAUUUUAGUACUAUGUCUUUGGGCAGCCAUGGCAGAUGUUGAGUACAUGGCAUACAAAGAUCCUAAACACCCAAUAAAUCAUAGAAUCAAAGACUUAAUGGGCAGGAUGACUUUAGAAGAAAAAAUAGGCCAAAUGGUACAAAUUGAUAGAACUGUGGCAUCUGCUGAAGUCAUGAAGAAGUACUAUAUAGGGAGUGUAUUGAGCGGUGGAGGUAGUGUUCCAGCUAUGAAGGCGUCCCCUGAGAUAUGGGUCGACAUGGUGAAUGAGUUCCAGAAAGGCUCGUUAUCGACUCGUCUUGGGAUACCGAUGAUUUAUGGGAUUGAUGCAGUUCAUGGCCAUGGCAAUGUGUAUAAGGCAACACUGUUUCCUCACAAUGUUGGUCUUGGAGCUACUAUGGAUCCUGAACUGGUCAAGAAAAUAGGAUCUGCAACUGCUCUUGAAGUCAGGGCUACAGGCAUUCCUUAUGUUUUUGCACCUUGUGUAGCGGUGUGCAGGGAUCCGAGAUGGGGCCGGUGUUAUGAGAGCUAUAGUGAAGAUCCAAAGGUCGUUCAAGCAAUGACUGAUAUUAUAACAGGAUUACAAGGAGAUUUACCUGCAAACUUCCGGAAGGGUGUUCCAUACGUAGCUGGAAAAGAAAAGGUUGCAGCAUGUGCCAAACACUACGUGGGUGAUGGUGGAACCACUAAAGGCAUCAAUGAGAACAAUACCGAGACAAGCAAGCAUGAACUGCUAAGUAUCCACAUGCCAGGCUAUUAUAAUUCCAUCAUCAAGGGGGUAACAACUGUCAUGAUCUCGUACUCGAGCUGGAAUGGGAUAAAGAUGCACACUAAUCGUGACAUGAUCACCGGUUUUCUAAAGAAUACAUUACGUUUCAGAGGAUUUGUUAUCUCAGAUUGGGAGGGUCUUGACAGAAUUACAUCUCCACCUCAUGCAAAUUAUACUUAUUCAAUUGUAGCUGGAGUAAAUGCAGGCAUUGACAUGAUCAUGGUUCCAACCAAAUACAAAGAAUUCAUCGAUGGCCUAACUUCCCUGGUCAAAAACAACUUCAUUCCAACGAGCCGAAUUGACGAUGCAGUAAAAAGGAUUUUAAGGGUCAAGUUCACUAUGGGACUGUUUGAGAAUCCAUUAGCCGAUUAUAGCAUGACCAAGUACUUAGGAAGUCAGGAGCACAGAGAAUUAGCACGGGAAGCAGUAAGAAAAUCUCUUGUGCUCCUCAAGAAUGGUGAAUCUGCAGACGAGCCAUUGCUACCACUUCCUAAGAAGGCAUCAAAGAUCCUCAUCGCAGGGAGCCACGCAAACGAUAUUGGUAACCAAUGUGGUGGUUGGACAAUCCAGUGGCAGGGUCAGAGUGGCAACCAUACAUCUGGUACGACGAUCCUAGAAGGAAUUAAGAAAACCGUUGAUCCUAAAACAAAAGUCGUAUUCAAUGAAAAUCCCGAUGCUUCCUACGUGAAAUCCAACAAGUUCUCUUACGCCGUUGUCGUGGUAGGUGAACCACCGUACUCAGAGACAUUUGGUGACAGCCUAAACUUGACGCUUCCCGAUCCAGCCCCAACUGUCAUUACGAAUGCCUGUGCGUAUGUGAAAUGUGUUGUCGUCCUCAUUACUGGACGUCCAAUCGUGAUUCAACCAUAUGUUGCUCAAAUUGAUGCACUUGUAGCUGCUUGGCUUCCGGGUACAGAAGGACAAGGUGUUGCUGAUGUUUUGUUUGGAGACUAUGGUUUUACGGGCAAACUUCCUCAUACAUGGUUUAAGACUGUCGAUCAGCUUCCAAUGAAUAUUGGGGACAAACAUUAUGAUCCAUUGUAUCCAUUUGGUUAUGGACUCACUACAAAACCUGUAAAAGACAACUGAUCCGGGAUGGUGGGUUCGGGCGACGCUUAUGUAACUCGAAGUGUAUACUUGAUUAAAGUAUUGAACAGUCGGAACAGUAUAAUAAAUGAGAUUUUAACUUA